AUGCUGCCACAAAUAGCCCUUUUGCUGCUAUUGGCCCUGAACUUGGUUCAUGGGUUUUAUGCUGAACGAUACCAAACACCCACAGGCAUAAAAGGCCCACCAUCCAACACCAAGACCCAAUUCUUCAUUCCCUACAGCAUAAAGAGUAAAGGUAUACCAGUAAGAGGAGAGCAAGGUAUUCCUGGACCGCCAGGCCCUGCCGGACCUCGAGGACACCCAGGUCCUUCCGGACCACCAGGAAAACCUGGCUUCGGGAGCCCUGGACCCCAAGGGGAGCCGGGGUUGCCAGGACCACCAGGACUGUCUGCCACUGGGAAGCCCGGUUUGCCAGGACUCCCAGGAAAACCAGGGGAAAAAGGCCCUUAUGGACCAAAGGGAGACAUCGGCCCAGCUGGUUUACCAGGACCACGGGGCCCACCAGGGCCUCCAGGAAUCCCUGGCCUGGCUGGAAUUUCUGUUUCAGGAAAACCUGGACAACAGGGACCUACAGGAUCCCCCGGACCCAGGGGCUUUCCCGGAGAAAAGGGUGCACCCGGAGUGCCUGGUGUGAAUGGACAAAAGGGGGAAAUGGGAUAUGGUGUUCCUGGCCAUCCAGGUGAGAGAGGUCUUCCAGGCCCUCAGGGUCCCAUGGGACCAGCUGGCCCUCCUGGAGUAGGAAAAAGAGGUGAAAAUGGGUUUCCAGGACAGCCAGGCAUAAAAGGUGAUCGGGGCUUUCCAGGGGAAAGGGGACCAAGUGGUCCUCCAGGUCUCCAAGGGCCUCCUGGGGGACAAGGACCAGAGGGCACUGGGAAGCCAGGAGCCCCUGGAGCCCCAGGCCAGCCAGGGAUUCCAGGAAUGAAAGGUUACCCUGGGGCUCCAGGAGUAGCUGGGCCCCCAGGGGCUCCUGGCUUUGGGAAACCAGGCUUGCCGGGCCUGAAGGGACAAAGAGGACCUGUUGGCCUUCCAGGGAGUCCAGGAGCCAAAGGGGAGCAAGGCCCAGCAGGGCAUCCUGGGGAGCCAGGUAUUGCCGGACCCCCUGGAAAUAUGGGACCCCAAGGACCAAAAGGCAUCUCAGGCAACCACGGUAUCCCGGGCUCUAAAGGUGAGCCAGGGCUAUCUGGGCCUGCAGGACAUCCCGGGGACAAGGGAGAAAGGGGCUCUCCUGGGUUAGAUGGAAAACCAGGGUAUGCAGGAGAACCAGGCCUCAUUGGUCCUAAGGGUAACCCAGGGUUACCAGGCCCAAAAGGUGACCCUGGAGUUGGAGGGGCUCCUGGUAUCCCAGGCCCCGUGGGCCCAGCAGGAGCUAAGGGACUGCCUGGACCUAACGGUGAGCCUGGUCCCAGAGGCGCCCCUGGAAUACCAGGUACCAGAGGCCCCAUUGGGCCACCAGGCAUUCCAGGAUUCCCCGGAUCUAAAGGGGAUCCAGGAAAUCCCGGUCCUCCUGGCCCAGCCGGCAUAGCAACUAAGGGCCUCAGUGGACCAACUGGGCCACCAGGGCCUCCAGGUCCAAGAGGCCAUGCUGGAGAGCCUGGCCUCCCAGGGCCCCCGGGCCCCCCAGGUCCCCCAGCCCAAGCAGUCAUGCCUGAGGGCUUUCUAAAGGCAGGCCAGAGGUCCAGUCUUUCUGGGACGCCUCUUGUUAGUGCUAACCAGGGUGUAACAGGAAUGCCUGUGUCUGCUUUCACUGUUACUCUCUCCAAAGCGUACCCAGCAAUAGGCAUGCCCAUCCCAUUUGAUAAGAUUUUGUAUAACAGGCAACAGCAUUAUGACCCAAGAACCGGAAUCUUUACCUGCAGGGUACCAGGAAUAUACUAUUUCUCCUACCAUGUGCAUGUGAAGGGGACCCAUGUCUGGGUGGGCCUAUAUAAGAAUGGCACCCCCAUAAUGUACACCUACGAUGAGUAUACCAAAGGCUACCUGGACCAGGCUUCAGGGAGCGCCAUAGUGGAUCUCACCGAGAAUGACCAGGUGUGGCUGCAGCUGCCCAACGCCGAGUCCAACGGCCUGUACUCCUCCGAGUAUGUCCACUCCUCCUUCUCAGGAUUCUUAGUGGCUCCCAUGUGAGUCUAUUCCUACCGAGCUCAUCCAAAUCUUCUGCUUGGAAAGGCAUUCCCCAGCUGCACCCCUCCCCACAAAAUGUAUAAGGAGGUAGGCUGAAAACAAACGUGAGUAAUUUUGCUUAA